AUGGGUGCGCAAGGAGCGGAGACGCUCUACGUGGGAUGCUACGAGCGCUUCCUGUUCGGCCUCACGAUAGGAAACAUAGAGAAUGGCGCGCCGGACUCGCUCGAGCGGCGCUUUGCUUUCCCAGCCCACCAGGGCUCGAUCAAGGCGCUCGACGCCUGCGCAGGCUUCGCCGUGACCGGGGGCUCCGACGACCAAAUACACCUGUACGAGACGAAAGGCGGCCGGGACCGCGACCUCGGGUUCCUCGUCAACCCAGCCGAGGGCGCAGUGACCUCGGUCGAGCUGUUCCGCCCACCGGGCAAGGUGAAACCGUCCCACAUGCUCACGGGCUCCCAGGAUGGCGCGAUUGCUGUCUGGCAAGCGGGGGGCGACUGGCAGCACAUGGCCACCCUGCGCGGCCACAAGAGCGACGUCAACGGCACCUCGAUCCACCGCUCGGCUCGGGUCGCCAUCUCCGUGUCACGCGACCGGCACCUCCGUCUCUGGGAUCUCGUCAGGGGGCGGUGCCAGUACACCAGCAAGCUCGAGGCGGAGGCAGACGCCGUGCGGUUCCUCCCCGCGGGGACGCGCUACGCCCUGCUGGCGGGCCCUGCGUUGACCCUGCAGGACGUGGAGGGCGAGGUGCUCGGCACGGCCGUCCACGGCACGCGCGUCACCGCCAUGCAGUGCAACGAGGCCGUCGUCGUCAUGGGCGGCGGCGACGGCACGAUCAAGGUGUGGGACGUGCGGGCCGGGGCGGGAUCGGCGGGCUCCGUGGUCGAGGGCGCGCACAAGACACGCAUUCGAGGCAUCGCGUUUCCAGGGGCGCUGUCUCCCAGCGAGCCGCCGCGCGUGGUCGCGUCGGGCUCCAGCGAUGGCGUCGUGCGUCUGUGGGACCUGCGCAGCACCGCGGAGCCCCUCGCAGAGCACAUGACGGGAGCGCGCAUUACGUGCGUUGCGGCGGGCACCGGGGGGGCCAGUCUGGAGGAGUACGCGGAGGGUGAGAAGGAGCUGGUGCAGGAGGGUGCCGCAGCGGACGAGCCAGUCGAGGAGGAGAAGAGCCGUAACAAAAGGGAAACCAAGAUUCGAAACGCAGAGUUGGAACCGAAGAACAAGAAGAAGAAGCGCGCGGGGGGCGCUGCGGAGCCGGCGGCGGUCGCACAGGAGCGGGAGGGGCGCGGCGGGAAGGCUGCGCGGGGCGCCGAGGCGGGCGCGCGCGGCGGCAAGGGCGGGGCGCAGCGUGAGCGCGAGGCGGUGUGGGGCGCGGAGCGCGUGCAGGGCGACAAGGGCGACUUGGUCGGGAAGAUGGCCAAGAGCAAGCGGCGGAACAUGAAGAAGCUCGCGCAGAAGAAGAAGGCGAAGGUGAUGCGCGGCACGGACGACUAG